ACUUUUUUCAAAAUAAAAAUCAUUGUUGCUUUCUUAAUUUACAAAAGAUUUUGUAAAGCGUAAAACCUCGAAAAAAUCGAUGAAGAAACUGAUAGAUAGAAAUAAAAAAUUAAAAGAAUAAUUCCAAAACAAUGGAGACGGGAAAUUUCACAAGUCCUCUACAAGCUGUUCAAAUGGUAUCAAUAUUUACUUAUUUAAAUACUCUCAGCGAUGUUUUAUUUGUCGACAAUCUAUUGAAUGAAACAAAUCAAUAUCAACCAAUACCAGUAGUGAAUGCUCUGUACAAAUAUUUCUUCAACUUGAAAAAAAUUGAAAUCGAAAAGAUUGAAUUUCGAAAAAGACGUCUGGCUCGUAAAUUAAUAGAAGGCACCGAUUUGUACGGGGCGAAAGAAAACGAGAUUUUGGACGAGGCAUUCAUUGACGCUCUCUACAGGCACUUGAUAACUACUCUUGUUUUCGAAAAGUACGGAAAUAUUCAAGGAUUCCUUCUCGACGUUGUCCGUCACUCGAGGGAUCUUAGAAUAAGUACGUUACAGGAAAAAAUUAUUACGAGACUUUCCGAGGAAGAAUUUCAGAGUGAAAAUGGUUUCAAAUCACAAUUAGACUUUCUGUCGAUUUUUAAGAUUUAUCAAGACUUUAUUCAACCUUUAUUUCCGGUUGCUGGUAAAGACACUGAUCUACUGUCCGUUGAUUAUAUUUACGCACAAGCUGGAGCUGCUUUUCGAUUGUCGACCAAAACAGAGUCCUUGAUAGUACCGAGAAAGUACGAGCAUGGCAAAAAUGAUGACUUUAAUAGUUACGUCGUCGUGGGUCAUACAAUUGAACAUCUGGGAAUUGCGAAGGAAAUUGACGAAGCAGCUCUGCAAGUAUUUUCCCUACCGGCCCUUUUUUACUACGUUACGAAAAGAGCGGAAAAAUUGCAAGGAGAAACUACGGCGGCAAUUGUCAACAAUCCGAAACAUGUGAGCAAAGCCCUUCGAAUUCUCUUCUUCCACCUGAAGGAAACAUUCGAUAGAGUCGAAAAGGCCAGGAAUGAUGACUAUCGAUUGCAGUUUUAUUCGGCACGAUCGAAAUUCAAAAACCGGACGGCACUGGCAAGGGAGAUGAUCAGAACUGGAUGUCCAAUAGUGAAGGAGGAAAAUUUGGAGCAAGAGGUCCUGAGGUACAAGAAUAAUCCCGAGGAUUACGAGUGUAGGACCGAAGGCAAGACGCAAGGAACGAUCGGGACGAAACUGGAGGAUUUGAAUCGGAUUUAUCAGCAGAAGGUUAACGAGGUUGCGGAGAAGUAUCUGAAAUACGAGGUGGGAUCGAUAAGGGACGCUUUUGGAGAGGAUCGUAUUAGGUUCAUAGACGCGAACGAGGUGGAAGUCUCGAGAGGUUUAGUUGUCAAUGUCUACGACGGAACGAAUGUAAUCCAAACUCAGUUGGUUAAGGAAUCUGCGGAUUUGUUCAGAUUCUACUUCGUCAAGAAUGAUACGUCGAUUUACUAUGCCAUUGUAAGGGAGGAUGAUAAUCUGAUGGUGAUCCAGCAGGAUGAUGGUGUAUCCGAUGGUUGCAAUGAUUCGAUGUCCAACAACACUUCCGGAUCUGCUAGAACUGAUGGCUUUCAACCCAGCAUAAUUCACUGCAACCCAAACGAUUUCCGUGAAAAGUUAAAUUUGCCACCCUCGCAGAAGUUUCGUGACAUCAAUUUCCCAGACGUGAAGAAACACAAGCUGGAGAAAUUCGACAUAUUUCUGACUCGAAUCAGCAGGGAAAGAUCGACCCUUUUCAACAAGAGUCUCGCAGACUAUGGCUACGAACAAACAAAGAAGGAAUGGUGGAAACAAUUCGGACUAUCCUUCGUUCCAUUUUACAACUGUAUUCAUGGAAUUCACUCUCGGAAUAUUGAGGAAACUGAAAUAGCCUGCUCACUAGAUGUCCUAAUCGCUCUCCCCCUGGUUGGGGAAGUAGGGUAUCUAGCAACGAAACUAACGACAGCUUUCACUAGAAGCGUCAUCUAUUCUGCAGGAACGACUCUUGGGUCCCUAGGCCUAAGAACGAUCAUGAGGGGAAUUUUGGCGAAACUAGGCAGUGUGGGCCUAACGGAAGCGGAACAUUUCACAGUCCUCUUCAAUCAGCAAACAUUCAGAAAUGUAGGUCUGUCUUUCCUUCGCUACGUUGAUCCGGGUUUCGAACUUAUUUACACAAUCGGCAAAGGGGGACUUAGGGCAAUUAGAAAUCUGAUCACUGAAGUUAUAACGUAUUCCAUUUCUCUCGAAGGCGUAUUAAUAGAUUUGGUAGCCAUCGAAUCAAAAAUCGAAAAAUUGCUAAGAAUAGUAGACACCAACUCAGAUGUGGACGUAUUCGUAAAUUCCUUGAACAAUCCUAACGGUGGUUAUGGUUUCAAGUUUAUUCACCUCCCCAAUAAUAGAGUAGCCUAA